GUUUAAUACUGAGCUCGUGAAGCGGACUGUUAUAUUUUUCUUCCAGAAUAUAUGGGUGAGUCUUUAGAGUAGAUUAAACAUUCGUGGUUUACCAUGCUUUAUUUAUCCCGCUUUAUUUAUCCCGCUGUUAUCACAAAAGGUCAAUUCAUCAUUCCGUGUCGUUGUUAUAGUCUAAUAGGCUAUCGUUCCCCGAAUCCUCCCAGAUUUGAAUUGAACAGUGUUCUACCUAUUCGUCAUUGAGUGCGUUUUAAACUGAACUCAGACAGAUAGAUAGAUCUGCACAGGUCUGCAUAGAUCUACACAGGUAGAUAAGUACAAACCAAUUUACUUGGAUCCUACUUUGGGUCACGCAUUGUUGAGAUGCAGAAAGCUUAAUGCAUAUGGGCCAUGUCACACUGUAGGCUACUACUAUAGCGGCUUAGUAAAAGGGAUCGCCAUUUGUUGCUUGCUUACCGACUUGUCAGCUAAAACCCUUUCACUUCCAAGAUAUAUAGCCUAUGGUCAGAGAAGAAUUGUCAGUUUAUUCUUUCAUUUAUAAAAACGCAUAGGUAGCCUAUAUCGGUUUAUUGGGAUGUUAAUACAGUGCGCAGUAGACUACACCUGCUGACAUUCACCAUGAGAACACCGUUUAGGCUAUUAGCCUGUUGGUUGUAUUUACAUGUGCAGUCUAUGAGGAUACGAAACACAAGACUACAAUAAAACGAUACAUUGUAUCAUUUGUGUACGUUUUUAUUUAUGGAAUUGUGUUUAUCUUGUAAAUCGAAACACUAGGUGGCGCCAGAUAGUCUUUGUUGCCAUUCAUAACGUUGUAACCAUUUUUCUACAGUUGAAUAGCAGCUAGGACCUGCUUCUGUUAAGAUGAAUAUGUACCAGGUCCCCAACCCUGGCCUGCCGGGAUGCCCACCCGGGUUAGAAUAUCUAACACAGGUGAGUCCUCUCGUCCUGUUCCGUGAUUCGGAUUAAUUUAGACCUGUAGAACAUCGACUGAUAUUGUUUGUACCUUUCUCUUGUCUUGUCAAUGAUUUAGGUUGAUCAGCUACUCAUCAAACAGAAAGUCGAGUUUAUUGAAGGUAUGUACAAAAAUAAUUUACAAAAACAAGAAUUACUAUUUUGAUGAUGGUCUUCAUAGAUUUGAGAUUUGUGUGUGUGUGUGUGCGUGAAUGUGUGUGUGUGCGUGUCUGUGUUUGUGUGUGUGUGCGUGUAUGUGUGUGUGUGCGUGUGCGUGUCUGUGUUUGUGUGUGUGUGCGUGUGCGUGUAUGUGUUUGUGUGCGUGUAUGUGUUUGUGUGUAUGUGUGUGCGUGUGCGUGUAUGUGUUUGUGUGCGUGUAUGUGUGUGUGUGUGCGUGUAUGUGUUUGUGUGUGUGUGUAUGUGUGUGCGUGUAUGUGUUUGUGUGUGUGUGCGUGUAUGUGUGUGUGUGUGUGUGCGUGUAUGUGUUUGUGUGUGUGUGUGUGUAUGUGUGUGCGUGUAUGUGUUUGUGUGUGUGUGUGUGCGUGUAUGUGUGUGUGUGUGUGUGUGUGUGUGCGUGUCUGUGUGUGUGUGUGUGUCUGUGUCUGUGUGUGUGUAUCCAUCAUGUCCCCUGCCCUUGAUUGUAUUGGGCUUUAUGAAUUGUAUAAUCAGCGCUCGCUUGUGAAAGAGACACUGGGCUCAAUGGUGACUCCCUGUUUAAAUCAAGGUUAAAUAAACCACUACAAAAUGAUGUGUUGUAUUCCCACAGCCCUGGCUGGCUUUGAGAGCAACAACAAGUAUGAGGUGCGUAAUGCCAUGGGCCAGAACGUGUUCUAUGCUGUGGAGGAGAAUGACUGUCUGAGCAGGCAGUGCUGCGGACCCCUACGAUCCUUCACAAUAAAAGUCCUUGACAACUUUGGACAGGAGGUCAUCACAGUCACCAGACCUCUAAAGUGCAUGUCCUGUUUCUUCCCCUGCUGUCUGCAAGAGGUGAGCUGCCUUUAGUCUCUGGGACUCUUCCCUAUAACAGGGCAGGUCCCCUUUCUAAAUGUAUUACACCUAAAGAAUUGCAGCUUUAUGUCUCAUCACAGAGACCAACUCAUGGCUCAUUUCAAUGAUAUUGUUCUUUAACUUUCAUGUUUGUUUGUUUCCUUCCUUCCUUCCUUCCUUCCUUCCUUCCUUCCUUCCUUCCUUCCUUCCUUCCUUCCUUCCUUCCUUCCUUCCUUCCUUCCUUCCUUCCUUCCUUCCUUCCUUCCUUCCUUCCUUCCUUCCUUCCUUCCUUCCUUCCUUCCUUCCUUCCUUCUUAACCCCCCUUCACAAUGUUCCUGUUUACUUCUCCAUUUUUCAAACACCAACCCACCUUCUCCACGAGGCAAACACCAAGCACCGGCGCCACGAGGCAAACACCAACACCGGCGCCACGAGGCAAACACCAACGACCGGCGCCACGAGGCAAACACCAAAGAACCGGCGCCACGAGGCAAACACCAACCCACGCGGCCACGAGGCAAACACCAGCACCGGCGCCACGAGGCAAACACCAACAACCGGCGCACGAGCAAACACCAAACACCGGCGCCACGAGGCAAACACCAACGACCGGCCACGAUGCAAACACCAAAGAACCGGCGCCACGAGGCAAACACCAGUCCACUGGUCCACUAUGCGAACACAACUGACGCUGCACUCCACUCCCUGCCCCACCAACCACCCCGCUGAGGAUGACCCCACCACCCCGCGCGAGGCGAGGACCCGACCACCCCGCGCGAGGCGAGGACCCCGCCACCCCGCGCGAGGCGAGGACCCCGCCACCCGCGGCGAGGCGAGGACCCACCACCCCGCCCGAGGCGAGGACCCGACCACCCCGCGCGAGGCGAGGACCCGACCACACGCGCGAGGCGAGGACCCGCCACCCCGCGGAGGCGAGGACCCCACCACCCCCGCGAGGCGAGGACCCCGCCACCCCGCGCGAGGCGAGGACCCCACCACCCCGCGCGAGGCGAGGACCCACCACCCCGCGAGGCGAGGACCCCACCACCCGCGCGAGGCGAGGACCCACCACCCCGCGCGAGGCGAGGACCCGCACCCCGCGCGAGGCGAAGACCCCACCACCCGCGCGAGGCGAGACCCCGCCACCCCGCGCGAGCGAGGACCCCCCACCCGCGCGAGGCGAGGACCCCGCCACCCCGCGCGAGGCGAGGACCCCGCCACCCCGCGCGAGGCGAAGACCCCACCACCCCGCGGGGCGAAGACCCCGACCACCCCGCGCGAGGCGAGGACCCACCACCCCGCGCGAGGCGAAGACCCCACACCCGCGCGAGGCGAGGACCCCACCACCCGCGCGCGCGAGGCGAGGACCCCGCCACCCCGCGAGGCGAAGACCCCACCACCCCGCGCAGGCGAGGACCCCGCCACCCCGCGCGAGGCGAAGACCCCACCACCCCGCGCGAGGCGAGGACCCCGCCACCCCGCGCGAGGCGAGGACCCGCCACCCGCGCGAGGCGAGGACCCGACCACCCCGCGAGGCGAGGACCCACACCCCGCGCGAGCGAGGACCCCACCACCCCGCGCGAGGCAAGACCCCGACCACCCCGCGCGAGGCGAGGACCCACCACCCCGCGCGAGGCGAAGACCCCACCACCCGCGGAGGCGAGACCCCACCACCCCGCGCGAGGCGAGACCCCGCCACCCCGCGCGAGGCGAAGACCCACCACCCGCGCGAGCGAGGACCCGCACCCCGCGCGAGGCGAAGACCCACCACCCGCGCGAGGCGAGGACCCCGCCACCCCGCGCGAGGCGAGGACCCCACCCCGCGCGAGGCGAGGACCCGACCACCCGCGCGAGGCGAGGACCCCACCACCCGCGCGAGGCUAGUACCCCACCACCCCCUCUAUUCAAGACCCUACCACCCCUCGCGAGCGAGACCCCACCACCCCUCUGCUAUGUGACUACCCCACCACCCCUCCAUUCUAGACCCAUACCACCCCUCCAGUACCUACCCCGCUAGUCGAGUACCCCACCACCCCUCCCUGUAUGGAGUACCCCUCCACCCUCCACCCCUUCUAUCGGCCGCACCCCAUCCACCCCCUCUAUCUAGUAAACCCCGCCACCCCCCUAUGCUAGCACCCGCCCACCCCGCGCGAGCGAAGACUCACCACACCCCUCGAUUGUAUUACCCCUCCACCCCCUCAUCGAGUACCCCUCCACCCCUCUCUAUUCGAUUACCCUACCACCCCUCUCUAUUCUAUUACCCCACCACCCUCUCUAUUCUAUUACCCCACCACCCCUCUCUAUUCUAAUACCCCCUACCACCCCUCUCUAUUCUAUUACCCCACCACCCCUCUCUAUUCUAUUACCCCACCACCCCUCUCUAUUCUAUUACCCCACCACCCCUCUCUAUUCUAAUACCCCACCACCCCUGUCUCAGCUGGAGGUGCAGGCCCCCCCAGGGAACACAGUAGGCUACGUGGUCCAGCAGUGGCACCCCUUCUCCCCGAAGUUCAUCAUAGAGAAUGAACACAGAGAGCCAGUGCUGAGGCUGCACGGACCCUUCUGUGGCUGGAGUUGCUUGCCUGACGUUGACUUUGAGGUACAGUGGUGUGAAAGUGUUUGCCCCCUUCCUGAUUUGUUAUUUGUUUGCAUGUUUGUCACACUUAAAUGUUUCAGAUCAUCAAACACAUUUAAAUAUUAGUCAAAGAUAACACAAGUAAACACAAAAUGCAGUUUUGAAAUGAAGGUUGUUAUUAUUAAGGGAAAACCAAAUCCAAACCCACAUGGCCCUGUGGGAAAAAGUGUUUGCCCCCCCCCAUGUUAUGACACAACUCAACUGUGGUUUAACUCAAAAUGUUUAUCACACCUGAGUUCAAUUCCUCUAGCCACACCCAGGCCUGAUUACUGCCACACCUGUUCUCAAUCAAGGAAUCACUUAAAUAGGACCUGCCUGACAAAGUGAAGUAGACCAAAAGAUCCUCACAAGCUAGACAUCAUGCCGAGAUCCAAAGAAAUUCAGGAACAAAUGAGAAAGAAAGUAAUUGAGAUCCAUCAGUCUGGAAAAGGUUAUAAAGCCAUUUCUAAAGCUUUGGGACUCCAGCGAACCACAGUGAGAGCCAUUAUCCACAAAUGGCGAAAACAUGGAACAGUGGUGAACCUUCCCAGGAGUGGCCGGCCAACCAAAAUUACCCCCAGAGCGCAGCGACGACUCAUCCAAGAGGUCACAAAAGACCCCACAACAACAUCAAAAGAGCUGCAGGCCUCACUUGCCUCAGUUAAGGUCAGUGUUCAUGACUCCACCAUAAGAAAGAGACUGGGCAAGAGUUCUGCAUGGCAGUUCCAAGACGAAAACCACUGCUGAGCAAAAAUAACAUUAAGGCUCGUCUCAUUUUUGCCAGAAAACAUCUUGAUGAUCACCAAGACCUUUGGGAAAAUAUUCUGUGGACUGACGAAACAAAAGUUGAACUUUUUUGGAAGGUGUGUGUCCCAUUACAUCUGGCGUAAAAGUAACACCGCAUUUCAGAAAAAGAACAUCAUACCAACAGUAAAAUAUGGUGGUGGUAGUGUGAUGGUCUGGGCCUGUUUUGCUGCUUCAGGACCUGGAAGACUUGCUGUGAUAAAUGAAACCAUGAAUUCUGCUGUCUACCAAUAAAUCCUGAAGGGGAAUGUCCGGCCAUCCGUUCGUGACCUCAAGCUGAAGCGAACUUGGGUUCUGCAGCAGGACAAUGAUCCAAAACACACCAGCAAGUCCACCUCUGAAUGGCUGAAGAAAAACUAAAUUUGGACUUUGGAGUGGCCUAGUCAAAGUCCUGAUCUGAAUCCUAUUGAGAUGCUGUGGCAUGACCUUAAAAAGGCAGUUCAUGCUCGAAAACCCUCCAAUGUGGCUGAAUUACAACAAUUCUGCAAAGAUGAGUGGGCCAAAAUUCCUCCACAGCGCUGUAAAAGACUCAUUGCAAGUUAUCGCAAACGCUUGAUUGCAGUUGCUGCUGCUAAGGGUGGCCCAACCAGUUAUUAGGUUGUAGGGGGCAAACCCUUUUUCACACAGGGCCAUGUGGGUUUGGAUGUUGUUUUCCCUUAAUAAUAACAACCUUCAUUUCAAAACUGCAUUUUGUGUUAUCUUUGACUAAUAUUUAAAUUUGUUUGAUCUGAAACAUUUAAAUGUGACAAAUAUGCAAAGAAAUCAGGAAGGGGGCAAACACUUUUUCACACCACUGUAUGUUUGUCCAAACACACAUACACACACAAACACACACUGAAAAUUAUGAAAUCUAUGAAAACAGAAUAUGGUUAAAUGUACUGGUUCUGGGGACCCUGGUGUGGUUUCAUAAGGCAUCAUCCUGUCUGUUUCUCUCUGAACAAGGUAAAACAUGUUACUAAUCAACAAGAGUUCUGGGUGAAUGAAUCCAUCCGACCCCGACAAUGUAUUGUGUGUUUGUGUGGGACAGUGUUACAAUGUUGCCAUUCUUGCAUGCUGGUGCAUUAGGCUCUGAAGGCGGUUUGGCUCUAAGACAUUGAACCCAUGAUGGAGACAAUAUUGCCAUUCAAAUUCCUUCAAAGUUUAGAUUUAUUUCAGGAGAAACUAAAGAUGACCUCACAACAAAAUGUUAGAAUUAUGUAAGAGACUUUGAUUGGACAGCAGGCAGAAUAGUAAAGCAAAUAUGUUGCGAUGUAAUGAAUUCUAGCCAAACAAGUACUAUUUAACAAGUUCUCCAUUUCCUCCAUUUGAUCAUUUUCAACCUAGUAACACCCAGAAGGUAAAAAUAGAAAAGGUGCUUCAUCUGUCUGUGUGUAAACUGACUGUAGUCUACCGUUGUCUCCUCUCCAGAUAGUGACCAUGGAUGAAGUGGAUAAGAUCGGGAAGAUCAGUAAGCAGUGGACCGGUCUACUCCGCGAGGCGUUCACGGACGCUGAUAACUUUGGGAUCCAGUUCCCCAUGGAUCUAGACGUGAAGAUGAAGGCUGUGAUGAUCGGAGCCUGUUUCCUCGUCGUAAGUCUAGUAUUGUAUUUCAUGCUAUGAUGUGCUACGCUAUUCUCUAUUCUAUUCUCAAUGGUAUUUGUUGAUCAGAAAAUGUCUGUGAUGGUGAUUGCAUGUUUUCUAUUGUGUUUCUUUUCAGGAUUUCAUGUUCUUUGAGAGCGGUAACCAACAC